GUCAUUUCACCAAAAUAUCCCCAAAAUACUAUAAAAAACUACGCUACUAUACAUACAAAAAAUGCAAAAAAAAAAAUACAACAUUUUUACAUUAUUUAUUCUCUAUCAUCUUUAUCGUCCAUCGUUUAGUUUUGUCCCUCUUAUUACAUCAUUUCGUAAUUUCAAUUUCAAUUUCAAUUUCAAACCUUUUCGUGUCCCUCUCCAUCUAAUCAAUUCCUUCAACCCCUCUUACGCAACCACUCAGUAACAGACAAAAAAUCAAACUUUUUUGUUUUGGGUAUAAUAAAACCCACCCAGAAAUGAAGAAACCGCAUUUCAUCUGAAUUUUCCGUCGGGAACAUGUUUUUAAGGAUAAUCGGAGAAGGUGGUGGUUUUUAAUUUACGAGUUUUAAUCGUGAACGUACACGUGUACGAAGAUGGGAGCGGAAGUGAUUGUGAAUUGGGGUACGUGGGAGGAGCUUCUUCUUGGUGGUGCUGUUCUCCGACACGGCACUCGUGAUUGGUCCGUCGUCGCUGCUGAACUCCGAGCUCGAACCCUUUCUCCAUACGCUAUCACACCCGAGGUUUGUAAAGCCAAAUAUGAAGACAUACAACAGCGCUAUUCAGGGGCUUGGUUUGAGGAGCUUAAGAAGAAAAGAGUAGAAGAGCUUAAGAGAGCUUUGGAGAAAUCCGAAAAUUCAAUUGGGUCUCUUCAAUCAAGGCUUGAAUCCCUUAAAGCUGACAAGAACGAGAAAAGAGAUGAUUGUCAUGUUGAAAACGACUCAGUUGAACCAGAAUUACGCGUUCCUUCACAGAAAUUGGAGAGAGUCGAAUCUUCCACCAAAGAGACGUCAAAGGACGGGCUCUCUGCUGGGAGUUUUACACAUCAAACCGAGACAAACUGGUCUCAUGAAUGCCAAGUUCCAGCAAUGUCUUCUGAAGACAUGGAGAUUACGCCAGGUGUUUCAGGGUCUACUGAACAUGAGAAAGUUCUGAAUGUAGAUAAGUUGGCAGAUACUGUAUAUGAAGGACAGGGAGGGUGUUGUAAAAAACGGAGAGGGAAGAGAAAGAGGAAGGAUUGUAGCAGAAAUAUUAAUGAAGCGAGUGUAAGAGAAAGUGAUUUUUCAAUUGAUGUGUCCAGGUUGAAAGAAAGUUCUACCAGUAACUGUGGCGAGGUUGUUAAAUCUUCUGGUAUAACUGAGGAGAAUACGAACUUGAAAAAGGAUGAAAUGAAAGAUAUGAUGGAGAUUUUAGAUUCUGUUAUGGAAAUUAAAGGCGCUUCUUGCUUUACUCGCAAGCAUGAUAGCCAGAAGCGAGCAAGGUACAGGCAGUUAAUCCGAAGACACAUGGACUUCGACACUAUAAGGUCAAGCAUUAGCAACAAAAAAAUUAAUUCAAAGAUAGAACUUUUCAGAGACAUGCUUCUACUGGCCAACAAUGCUUUGAUUUUCUACUCCAAGAACACUCGUCAAUAUAAAUCUGCGCUACUCAUGAGAGAAAUUGUCACUGAAAAACUGAGGGAGAAUGGCACGGUUUGCACUAAGAGUGACAUACAUGCACUGAGGGAGAUUGGCACGGUUUGCACUAAGAGUGACAUACAUGCUGAUGUCGACUCUAACUCUAUGGUAUUACCUGUUCAAGAUCCUCCUGUGAAAGUCAGAAGUGUUCGUUCCGGUAACCGAAAGAUCGAUGUUGCAGAGACAGCUGAUGUAAGCAAUCCUGUUUCUGGGCUUUCACAUGUAGCCAAGAAGAAGCCUAGUAGUAGUAAAGAGGAUUCUCCAUCUUCAGCGAAACCCUUACACAUCAAGAAAGCUUUUGGUGGACCUAAAAAAAUUGAACCUGCAACUCCAACUCCAACGAAGGAAACAAAGGAAAAGAAAAGAAGAAGAUUUGGCUCCUAAAAGACCUCUUUUUGUACAAAGGUUUUGCAUGCAUUCGGGGUGGCUUUUUGUUGUGACAGCAUGUGUUUCAAUGCAGGAAAUGCAGAUGGAGCAAACUGUUCCAUCCGUUUGAUUUUGCGUCUUAACAUUGCAUCAAAUACUCACUCCGACUUUUUCAUUAGACUUUCACAGCGAUUAACUUUCAUGCAACCGCAAGGAAUUUGGACAGGAUUCGUGAUGGAACGUAACUACCUCAAGCAUGUUGUUAAAUGAAAAAUAGCUCUAGAUUACAGUGACUUAUCUGCAGUAGGUAGUUUUACUUUGUAGUUUGUAAAUGUGAAUUUUUGUUUUUGCGACAAGCAUGUUGUUUGUACUCCAUCUUCAUGUUUGCUUGUGCUCAUUUACAAUUUCUUAACCAAGCUUAUUGAAUAUACUCUCAUUGUCAAUGGACAAA